CCGCUCCUCGGCCGGCACCGGGAUAGCACGCAUGCGUAUUUUCUUUGAAUGGGUGGCGCCUUUAUCCUCGCGGCGGCUGCAGGAGCCCUGGCCUUGCUGCUGCUGGCAGUGCGGCUGUGGGUAGUCCUGAGUCCUCGCGCUCCUGUGCCUCGGCGGUCUCUCAGCCUCUUGGUGGUGGCUGGAUCUGGUGGGCAUACCACUGAGAUCCUAAGGCUGCUGGAGAACCUGUCCAAUGCUUAUUCUCCUAGACAUUAUAUCGUUGCUGACACUGAUGAAAUGAGUACCCAUAAAAUAAAUUCUUUUGAACAAAUUCGAGCUGAUAGAAACCCCAGUGCUACGUUUCCUGAAUACUAUGUUCACCGCAUUCCCAGAAGCCGGGAGGUCCAGCAGUCCUGGCUGUCUUCAGUGCUCACCACCUUGUACUCCAUGUGGCUCUCUUUCCCCCUGACUUACCGAGUGAAGCCAGAUUUGGUGUUGUGUAACGGACCGGGAACAUGUGUUCCUAUCUGUAUAUCUGCCCUUCUCCUUGGGAUACUGGGAAUAAAGAAAGUGAUCAUUGUCUACGUUGAGAGCAUCUGCCGAGUGGAACAUUUAUCCCUGUCCGGAAAGAUUCUGUUUCACCUCUCCGAUUACUUCAUUGUUCAGUGGCCAACUCUUAAGGAGAAGUAUCCCAAAUCUGUGUACCUCGGGCGAAUUGUUUGACCUACGACAACUUACUUCUUUAGAAUUUUGCUAACCGCAGUGUUUACUGUAAAUGGGGAACAAAAAAACUACAUGUUUUUUAUAAAAAAGCUUUUGAAAAUCCUGAGAAUUGUUGGUGAUCAAGAGUAAAGAAAUGUGUCAGGAACCCAGUGAGGAAACUGAGGUUCCUGUUAUAAAACAAACAUUAAUAAACUAUUAAGUACA